AUGUCUCCCUGGAAUACAUUACGUCAAGAUGAGGAUUUGAGAACCGAGAUUCUUCAAGAUGUUGAGCGUUGCAUGCCAGAAAACGCGUAUUUUCGAGAACCAUCGGCGCAAAGUGCAUUGCUCGAUAUUCUUUUCGUCUAUUGCAAGCUCAAUCGAGACAUUGGCUACCGGCAGGGCAUGCAUGAGGUUCUUGCACCGGUUGUUUGGGUUGUUUUCUGCGAUGCUAUAGACUCUAAGGAUGUUCGGCAGCCUGAGAAGGGUGACCUCGUUUAUGUCUUACUGGAUCCAGGCUACAUCGAGCACGAUGCCUUCACGCUCUUUACGAAAGUAAUGCAAACGGUCAGGUCUUUCUAUGAGAUAGGCAACAGCAGUGAACCAGUGACUGCAGGGCUGCUCAACAGCUCUCCUAUCGUCGAGCGCAGUAAGCGCAUUCACGAAAAUUAUCUACACCACGCCGAUCCAGAGCUCGCGGAGCACCUAACCGCCAUUGAAAUUCUUCCUCAAAUCUUUUUGAUCCGAUGGAUACGGCUGCUAUUUGGUCGCGAGUUCCCUUUCGACGAUGUACUUGCAUUGUGGGACAUACUCUUCGCAGAAGACCCUGAAUUGGAAUUGGUUGAUUUUAUAUCUGUGAGCAUGCUUUUGCGGAUACGGUGGCAACUGCUUGAAGCCGACUACACGGCUGCAUUGACACUCCUUUUGCGAUAUCCUGUUCCACAGCCGCCUCAUGGGCCUUCCACCUUCGUGAGCGAUGCGCUUUACUUACGCGACAAUCUCUUCUUGGAUGGCGGCCACCACAUAAUUUCAAAGUACUCGAAUAAGUCCCCUGAGACGACAGUGACACGAAAAUUGCCGAAGAAGAUUAGGAGAGCGCGUACCGCGGAGCAAGAAGCAACACAAAACGCUGUGACCCCAACACUUGCCUUCCCACAGCAGAAUAAUGAGCACCGACGGAUCGAAAGCAUUCUCCAGGAUGCGGCGAAAGGCUUGUACAUCACAGGCGAAAAAUGGGGGGUUGCCAAAGCUUUACGGGGGGCUGUCCAGGGGCUCCAGUCAACGAACGCGUCUCCGAGUCGGCUUGGGGAGCAACAGCCAAGACUCCAAAGGCAAGUGGCCGACAGCUCGGCUAAUGAGCUUCUAAAGAGGAUUGAGGCCCUGGAGAGACGCAACGCAGCUUUAGGCAAAAUGCUUGAAAAGGUUGUGGAAGAGCUGUGGUCACAACAAAAGGACAAGGCCAAAGCACAGACCGAAGGGGAGCAAGGCUCAGAUGCGCUCGGCCUGGCUAUUGCAAAAGUCCAAUUCGUCCAAGUCUAUUUGGAGAAUUCAAGCAUGGGAUUACCUGAUGAUGAAUCCAGUGCUUCCGAAGACAAGAAGAUUGCCAUGAUUGGAGAUGUAACAAACGAAGCAGAUCCAGCGAGGCAACCGCCUAACACAUCGGAAGAGGAAAAGCUUUCACCCGUAAAAUCGCCACAAAAGCCUCUUCGUUCGGCAGGGGAGCAAGAAAGAAGUACGCCCGCGCUGCCGAAAGAGCCUAGCACACCAACUCAUGCCUCCCCUAUGUUGCGGCCUUCGCUCUCUCAGUCACCCUACUCCUGGAUGCUAGGCGAAGAGCAGCCAAAAAGUCAAUUCGUGCCGUCUUCGCCUUUCCAGCCAGAUGGGCAUGAUUUCAAAAAGCAAGCAGCAGGCUUGUUUGGUGACGACAAUCGAAGGAAGGAUGGCGAGGAAGACGACGAUGUGUUUACAGCCCCAAGAAGAAAGCGAUAA